AUGAGGAAGAAGGAAGACACUGGGCAUCAGCUGGUGGCCUUUGCUAAAGAUUGCAGGCCUACGUGGACGUCUAACCACCCUCAUACAGCUGCUCUUGUGCUGAAUGGGCUCGUCCUGCUUCUCCUUUCACUGCUCCCUUCCCAGCCGAGCAGGGGAAGCAGGAAAUGGGAAGGACAAGGGGAAAGGCAGCCCGUGGAGCCAGGGCGCGGCAGAAGCCGGCUGGCAAAGGAGGAAGCACACACGGGUGCUCCUUCAGCACCAAACACGGGCAACUUUAACAGCUCCCAUGCCUGCUGCUGGCCACUCACCACGAAGGACAACAUUUUCUGUCGUUACUUUAAUCACGAUUUAAAGCAUGCCUCGGCUGAGGUACUGAAAAAGGCAAAAAGGAAGGAAUGCAAGUUUGUUCACAACUUCCACUCAGAGCACAAUCUCUGCGUGCUAAGACGAUAUGGGCUUGAGAAUUUUAGCAGUGAUGAACUUCGCCAGCUGCUUCUUCAGAAUGACCCCUUGCUCUUACCAGAGGUUUGCUUGUAUUAUAACAAAGGUGAUGGACCUUAUGGAUCUUGUACCUAUGGAAAGAUCUGCACCAAACUCCAUAUUUGCCAGUACUUCUUGCAGGGACAGUGCAGAUUUGGCAGCAGCUGCAAGCGAUCCCAUGACUUCUUAAAUUCAGAGUGUUAUGAGAAACUGGAGAGACAGGGAAUGAGCUCAGAAACUAUUGAGAAACUACCCACCACUUACAUGAACAUGUAUGACAUAAAAAAUCGUGCCAAGAAGACAUACGACACAAAAGAUGACAAAUCUUUACCAUGCAAAGAGAGAAAACACAGCUCUAGUAAAGAGUCCUCAAUUGCGAAUGACGAUGAAUUGGAACAGAUCUGCUUAUAUCAUCUAUACAAAAGUUGUGUCUUUAAAGACAAGUGUGUCAGAGUUCAUUUUCACUUGCCGUACAGAUGGCAAAUCGCUGAGGGUGAUACCUGGAAAGACUUGAAGAAUAUGGAAGAAAUAGAAGAAGCAUACUGUGAUCCCAGUAAAACCAGAUUUAGAAAUGGUGUUACUGAAAGUGGCUCUGUCUUGCCAUACAUCUGUUUUCAGAGUAUGUGCUCUGGGCUUGGAAAGGUGAGACGUCUUUCCACACCCUCUGCUGUGACCAGACCUCCUCACUUCGUUCUUACAACAGAAUGGAUCUGGUACUGGAAAGAUGAAUAUGGUCUGUGGCAGGAGUAUGGAAAAAUGAAUAAGGCUCAUGCGUCUGCCACUGUCUCCAGUGAAGAUCUGGAGAAAGCUUAUAUAGCCAAAGGCUCUCCAAAGAUGAACUUUAAAGCUGGAAAACACGAAUAUGUACUCAAUUUUGGAGGCAUGAUUCAGAAAAACCUGUACUAUACAACUGAGAGAGAAGUUCGCAGAAGACCUAAAUUUGUCUCCCAGGCAGAGGUAGAAAAGACAAAAAAGAGGGGCUUUAAACAUUCAGAAGAAGAAAGGACCAAAGUUCCAGCUCACUGGGACAAAUCUGCUCUGCCUGAACUGGGAUUCAAGCUGAUUGCGCUUGAUAGCUCUUCUGAUGAAUACAAGAAAGUCCAGGUAGAGUUUCAGCGCACAAUGGCCAAAACAAUCAUUAAAGGGAUUUGUAGAAUUCAGAACCCAUCUCUCUGGGAAUUGUAUCAGUGGCAAAAGGAGCAAAUGCAGAAGAGCAAUGGUGGGAGAGCGGUAGACGAGAGAUCUUUAUUUCAUGGGACCAGUCGAAAGCACAUUGAUGCCAUCUGCCACCAAAACUUUGACUGGAGGAUCUGUGGCCUUCAUGGGACAGUCUAUGGCAAAGGUUACUUUUGA